AAGAAAGAUGGCGGCUCGGGGCGAAUCCGAACGGGACGCCGGGCCAACGUUUUAAGCCUUCACACCCGGAGAGACGCGGGGGACCCACCGGGCCACCGCACCGUCCGGACCCCCGCCGCUCCGGCUUCGCGGCGGUACCGCUUUGGCCCGCGUCGGCCUCGGAUAAACCCGCGCAGGGAUUGUGGUUGUAGAAGAAGAGACAGUCGGUGAUCAUGAGAGGGAAGAGAGGCAGGCCGCCCAAAGCCCUGCCGGCCGACGAGGAGCCGUCCCCUGCCGCGACGCGGGGCUUGCGACCGCGAAGGACCCUGAAGCCCCGGCUGCGGGACAGCGGGGACGAGGAGAGCCCCACGCGGGAGCCCAGCAAGCCGAGCCGAAAGAAGCGAGGGGGACCCGGCGGUGUGUCAACGCGGGGCAGGGGACGAGGCAGAGGCGGCGGCAGAGGAGGCAGAGGGGGACGGGGAGGGAAGCGGACGGCGGCCGCCUCCAAAGCGGUGGUGUACGACGACCACGAGAGCGACGAGGACGAGGACGAUGCUGUCAGCCUGCGGUCGGAGGAGGAAGAGGUGCCGGCGGAGCCCCCGUCCGAGGAGGACGAGGCCCUGAAAGAGGAGUCCGACUGCCUGGAAGAUGAUGUGCUGGAGGAGGAGGAGGUGGAGGAGGAGGAGGUGGAGGAUGAUGCCAGCCACUGCACCGAGAGCAGCUUUCGGAGCCAGAGCACACACGCCAGCACCCCGGGCAAGAAGAAGCUCCGGGCUCCCCGUGCUCGCUCUCCCAUCCUGGAGGAGAAGGAGAUUCCUCCUCUGGAGCUCCCGGAGACCUCGGAGGAUCUCCUGGUGCCGACCGAGGAGCUGCUCAACGCCACCUCCGUCUACGAGGUGCUGCGGAACUUCAGCACGGUGCUGCGGCUCUCGCCCUUCCGCUUCGAGGACUUCUGCGCCGCUCUGGUCGGCCAGGAGCAGUGCACUUUAAUAGCAGAGACUCACAACUCCCUCCUGAAGGCCAUCCUGCGCGAGGAGGACACCUCCAACACUACCUUCGGCCCUGCUGACCUCAAGGACAGUGUCAACUCCACUCUGUACUUUAUCGACGGCAUGACGUGGCCCGAGGUGCUGCGGGCGUACUGCGAGAGCGACCGGGAGUACCAGCAUGUCCUCCCGUACCAGGAGGUGGACGAGUAUCCCUACGGCCCCACGGAGAGUAAGAUCAAGGUGCUGCAGUUCCUGGUGGACCAGUUCCUCACCACCAACAUCGCCCGCGAGGAGCUGAUGUCCGACGGCAGCAUGCUGUACGACGACCACUGCCGCGUGUGCCACCGACUUGGGGACCUGCUGUGCUGCGAGACCUGCACGGCGGUCUACCACCUGGAGUGCGUGAAGCCGCCGCUGAUGGAGGUGCCAGAGGACGAGUGGCAGUGUGAGAUUUGUGUGGCUCACAAGGUGCCCGGGGUCACAGACUGUGUAGCAGAGGCACAGAAGAUCCGGCCCUACAUCCGCCAGGAGCCCAUCGGAUAUGACCGGCACCAGAGGAAAUACUGGUUCUUAAACAGAAGGAUUAUUGUCGAGGAGGACGGGGAGCACAAGACGAAAAAGAUCUGGUACUACAGCACCAAGGCGCAGCUGGAGGAGCUCAUGGAGAGCCUGGAUAAGGAGUACUGGGAGGUGGACCUGCAUGCCACGCUGGAGGAGAUGAGGGAGGAGGUGCAGGCUCACAUGGACGUCACGGAGGACCUCACCAACAAAGCCCGUGGAAACAACAAAGCCUACCUCACCGCUGUCAACGACGUGAUCACGGAGCACUUGAAGGUCAGGCUGCAGGCGAAGACUCGAGCAGAGGAGGGAAAGCAGGAAACAGAAUCGGGUUCCGUCAAAUCAGCAGCAGAAGAAGAAACUAACGACUCCACCUCGCAGCUCGAGACCAGCGAGCACAAAGUCCCAGAGUCCAGGGAAGAUUCUAGUUCCCAAGCAUCCUCUGUUCCUCCUUCUGCAGAGGACAGCUCCAGGUCGGAUCCUAACCCCGGCUCAGCCUCCCAGGACUCGGCUGUGCCUAAAACAGAAUCCACUGAGACCAAGGAGGAAGCUGAGCCCGGUCACUCCAGGAGCCUGGAGAGUGGAGAUUCAGCAGCAAAGCAGGAGAUGACAGAUGAGAACUUGAAAGCAGAGUUAAACAGCGACAACUCUGCGACACAAACCCAGGUUCAGCCUCAGCAGCAGUCGUCUCAGCCGGAGACGAGCAGCAACCUGCCUGACCUGGCUGAUCGCUCCUCCCAGUCGUCUUUCACCAGUCAGGAUGGGGCAGAGGAUUAUAACGAAAGGGUCAAAAGUGAAGGAGUGAGAGGAGCAGACCAGGAAGUGAAUAACCAGUUGUCCAGAGGCAGCAAAGAGUCAUCCCCAGUUCGCUCCGACGUCGGCUCUUCGCGACUCAGCUUCUUGAAAAGGGACCUGACGGUGAAUCUGAACACUUUGUUCAAACUGGGUCAGGAGGGUAAAUACAGGGUCUACCACAACCAGUACAGCACCAACGUCCUGGCCCUCAACAAACACCAGCACCGCGAGGACCACGACAAGAGACGCCACCUGUCGCACAAGUUCAGCCUGACCACCGCCGCCGAGUUCAAGUGGAACGGCUCCAUCUACGGUUCUCGGAGCCUGACGGUCUCCACCCUGCGUCUCACCAUCAUCCAGCUGGAAACCAGCGUGCCCGGACCCUUCAUGCAUCCUAACUGGGCAGCGCACAGGAACAACUGGAACAAAGCAGUGCAGAUGUGCAGCAAGGCCAGGGAAUUUGCUCUGGCCUUGGCCAUACUGGAGUGUGCCAUCAAACCAGUGGUCAUGCUGCCUGUAUGGAAAGAUUCUCUCGGACACACAAGGCUGCAUCGCAUGACCUCCAUUGAGCGGGAGGAGAAAGAGAAGGGGAAGAAGCGAGAGAAGAAACUGGAGGACGAGGAGACGCUGCAGCAGGCCACCUGGGUGAAGUACACCAUCCCCAUCAAGCACCAGGUGUGGAAGCAGAAGGGGGAGGAGUACAGGGUGACUGGUUAUGGUGGCUGGAGCUGGGUCAGUAAGACCCAUGUACCACGUUUUAGUCCUAAGUUACCAGGGAACACAAACGUAACCUACCGCAUAGAACUGGAGGCAGCUAAACUCAAAGAGAAGGGAAGGAAGGAAAAGGCAGCAUCUUGCACAAACAACCAGAAGAAGUUGACUGAAACUGAGAAGCAGGAUGUAGCAGAUGAGGACAAUGAGCAAACGUCUCUCAGUGCAUCAGCUCAGAUCGCUUCAUCAGAGGAGGACUGCAAGCCUCAGAGCUCAAAAGAGGAAGAAACCCCAUCUGAGAAGGAGGAGGAGAAAGAAGUGGAGGAGAAGACGGUAGAUGAAAAGAUGGAGGUUGAACCCUCCCUAGAAACUGCUGCUUCAAGUGAAGAGAAAGAUGAAGCUGAAGACAAAGGCGCGUCCUUGUCGUCUGUGGAGCCUGUGAAGGAAGAAGCAGUCACGAGUGUAGAACAACCCAAGGAGGAGGAGAGGGCUGCAUCGAAGACGUACUACGACGUCGUGAACGUCAGCGAGGGCUUCCAGCUGCGGACGGCGUACAAGAAGAAGGUGAAGCCGUCCAAACUGGACGGGCUUCUGGAGCGCCGGGUCAAACAGUUCACCCUGGAGGAGAAGCAGAGGCUGGAGCGGGUGAGGCAGGCGGCGGCCAUGCAGUCCAAAGUACCAGCCACUAAGACUAAUGUAGGGCUGAAGACCGAAGGAGCCACUUUAGACAAACAUCAGCCGGCUGUGACCCCGAGUGUGAAAGCAGAAGAGAAGGAGGAGAACUCGCAUGUGAAGGACAACGUGGUGAAGAAGCUCGACUUUGAGCAGGAGGCGAAAACAGAACCGACGGCAGCCAACCACAGCAAAGAGACAGAGGGGAGCGCUGUGCAGAGCGACAGUGGGGGGGCCUUACCCCAUAAAGAGGUGAAUGGAGGGCCCUUAGCAAACAGUAAUAAUUGUUUAUCAGAGACAAUAGAAAAUACAGAGAAGACACAGAAGCCACAGGUGACGCUAGCCGGAGAGAACCCUAAAAAACGUGGAUUCGAGGAAAUGGAGAAAAGCAGCGGACAGAGCGUCACAGAGAGCAUGGAGGUAGAGCAGAACAAGAGCAGUCCGGUGCAGGUGAAUGGACAAGCUUUGGUCCCUUCCGCUACUGCCGACUCAGUCAGAGUCCAAGAUGAAAUCAAGCCGGUCAAGUCUCUGAUGAAUGGAGGCCUCUCACAGAACGACGUGUCGGACUCGUGUCAUCCACCUCCUCUGAAAGUCCCCAAGCUGGAGAACCACGUGGCGGAGAAAGGAGACGCUCUGAGUCGGAAGGAGGAUGUGGCGGUGGGCAGUGAGGGAACCACACCUGCCAAGCUUUCAUCCUCAAGCACCUCCUGUGGGAAAAGCAUGAGCUCUGACAACUGCAGUGGUAGCGAAGGUUUGAAUACCACAACUGCAGAGUCUCAAAAUGUCCCAACAACCAGCAGCGUCACUAAGCCUGAUGGGACGCCUCAAGCAGCCAGUGUCACCACCACCUCCCAGUCCAGUGCCUCUGCACCAGUAGCAGUCGUCCCACAGAGGAGCAAACAUCCAGUCGCUGACACCAAGACGGGUUCAGCAGCAGCCAGCUCCAUGACGAUCAGUAAGGAGUACUCCACCAGGGACAGAGUCAGCCUCCUGAGGUUCUCCAAAUGCAAGAAGGCUCGCUCGGGCACCGCGCUGCCGUCCUACCGCAAGUUUGUCACCAAGAGCAGCAAGAAGAGCCUCUUCGUCCUGCCGAACGAUGACCUGAAGAGGCUGGCGAGGAGAGGGGCCAUCAGGGAGGUGCCCAUCUUCAACUACAACGCCAAGCCCGCCCUGGAUAUUUGGCCGUAUCCUUCACCGCGGCCCACGUUCGGGAUCACAUGGAGGUACCGUCUGCAGACUGUGAGGUCACUGGCAGGGGUCAGCCUGAUGCUGAGGCUGCUGUGGGCCUGUCUGAGGUGGGACGACAUGGCUGUGAGAGCAGCGUCCAAUGCAGGGGUUACUCGGAAAGAAACCUCGGACACGGACAUCACCACGACGGAGAUCAUAAAACGAAGAGACGUGGGGCCAUACGGCAUCCGCUCAGAAUACUGCAUCAGGAAGAUCAUCUGUCCCCUCGGGAACAGAGACACUCCCAAAGAGACCCCGACUCCACAGAGGAAAGGCCUGCGCUCGAGUGCCUUGAGGCCCAAGAAGCAGCAGCCAGCCAAGCCGACUGGGCCCAUCGCUGUGGAGACGUGGGUGGCCGAGGAGGAAAUGGAGCUGUGGGAAAUCAGGGCCUUUGCAGAGAGGUUGGAGAAGGAGAAGGGUUCAGAUCCCUCGAAGACCGGCAGCAGCCUGAGGACUGCCGAGGAUGUCAAGGCCCAUCUGGAGAAUCAGCUGAAACAGGCCAGACUGGCGGCCCAGCAGAAACGUCUGGAGAGACCAGGUACACCUGUUUCCACCACAACAUCCACCCCCCCCUCAGCCAGCACGCCGGCAUCCACGGGCCUGAGGACAGGUCAGGUCACAUCUGGAACCAAGAUGGUCCUCGCUUCCAAACUGGGCUCAACAGUUUCCUUCCAGCAAGACAAGAAUUUCCACCAGUCGUUCGCUUCCUGGGUCAAGCAGGGUCAGACCAACAACAGCAGCUCAGGUGUAGUCCAACAGAAGGUUCUGGGCAUCUUCCCCUCCGGGCCCCCUGCGAACCUGAGGACAUACAGCACACUACAUCCUACGACCGGCAACAUCAACCUCAGAGCCUCCACCUCCGGCACAGCUGCUCAGCAACAGGCCAGUCCAGCUGCAGGUCAAACCCAGCCUUGCACUGCGAUGAGCCAGUCCACCCCCCUGUCUACCUCUGUGGGCACCGCGAUGGUCCGCAGUCCAGCGAUGACUCAACAAGGCCAACCUCAGCAGAUGGUGCCGGGUUCCACACCAGUGCCGACGGCAGCAGCCGCUCAGAGAGCAGCGGCUGCUGCACCAUCACCUCAUGCAACCGCCACAGCUCCUGGGCAGUCGCCUGCAGCCCCCGCCCAGACCAACAGACCACAGCAGGGUCAAGUCAAACUAACUAUGGCGCAGCUCAUGCAGCUGACACAGAGCGCUCAGGGUGGAAACCCCGGUCUGACGGUGGUGAUCCAGGGUCAGGGCCAGAGCCAGGGCCAGCUGCAAAUCAUCCCACAGGGUGUUACAGUCAUUCCCGGCCCCGGGCAACAGCUGAUGCAGGCAGCCAUGCCGAAUGGUCAGGUCCAGCGCUUCCUCUUCACUCCCAUGCCCCCGUCCUCAUCACCCACUACUGCCACCCCCCCUGCACCUCAGACCCCUCAAACCCAAAUAUCGACUCCAGCUCAAGCCAGAACCACUGCGCAUGUCCAGACGACCCCCUCAGCCUUAGCCCAAACCCAAAUGACAGCCCCUCUACCUACCCCAACCCAAAUGACAGCCCCUCUACCUACCCCAACCCAAAUGACAGCCCCUCUACCUACCCAAACCCAAAUGACAGCCCCUCUACCUACCCCAACACAAAUGCCAGGUUUGGCCCCCAGCCCAGCUUCAGCCCCUGUACCUGCAGCCCAGACCUUUUCAGCUGCUUUCCCACAAUCCAUCCCUGCUCAAUCACAGAUAUCUGCGCCUGCCCUGCUACAAGCUGCAGCCCAGGCCUCCACACAGGUUUUCUCCUCCACACCAGGAAUCCUCCCCACACAACCCCAAGUGGCAAGAUCUGUGCCUGCCCCCGCUCACCCUGUCCUGGGUAUGACUCAGAAAGUCUUCACCUCACCCCCUCAAGUCACAACCUUUGCCCCAGGCUCGUUCCCCACACAAACCCAAACUUCCAUGACGCUGCCUGUCCCUGGACAGUUUGCACCUCAGGCCCAGGUCCAGGCACAUGCCCUCAACACCUCCCCGGGCCUAACCCCAACCCCUGUCCAGAUGAACAUUACUGCCCCUUCCCCUGCUGUCGCCCCCGUCUCAGUCAAGGCUGCCCAAUUUGCAGCCGCUACCAACUCUGCCCAAAUACAAGUGUCUGCCUCUCUUCCCCCUGCAGUCCCAGUCCCCACCCCCGCUCUUGCUCCGGUCUCUGCUCCUGUUUUAGCUGUUGUGUCCGGUCAGAUUGCUGUCCCAUCCCCGGCUCUAACCCAAAUUCAAGUCACAGCUCCAGUUCCCCUCCACGCUGCUAUGGCCGGUGCUGUGGUCACACCGGUCACUGCCACCUCCACAACACCUUCAGUGCCAGCUCUGAUGGAACAGAGGGCAGCUCAGCCCCAGGUGUGGACCCCAGCUGCAGCUCAAGGUCAGACUCCUGUUCAGCAGGCGGCAGCUCCCAUUCAGGCCCCUGUCUUCACGCCCCUGCCACAAGCAUCUCUUACUCCUCAGUCUCAAGCACAAGUCCAGCACCCUACAGUUGUGUCCAUGCAGCAGGUUUCUCAAAUGCCAGUCUCAGCUGUGCAGGUUCAAAUGAAGGGAAUACCAGUUUCUUCUGUUGUUACUGCAGUGAGAGCCCCCCAGCCUCAGCUCCAGCCCCAGACCACUACCCAACUGCAACCACAGCCUCAAGCCCAAAUCCGUGCACAGAUUCAGGUCCAGCCCUUUGGCCAAGUCCAGCAGAUACCACACAUUCAAGCUCAAGCGCAUCUCCAGCCCAAAGCACAACCCCAAAUCCAACCGCAGGUCCGAGUUCAGUUUCAGCAGCAUGCAGCCCAAGUACAGCCCCUCGCUCAAAUCCAACCUCAGGUGCAGUUUCAGACCCAAACCCAGAACUUUCCCCAGGUCCAGUACCACCCCCAGGUACAAGCUUCAUUUCAAACGCAGGCGCAAACCCAGCCCCAGACUCAACAACAGGUCCAACCUCAGCCCCAGGUACAGUCGCAGCCUCAGGUUCAGACUCAGGCCCAAAACCAACUCCAUCACCAGGUUCAGGUCCAAUUCCAGCCACAGGGUCAGAUCCAGCCUCAGGCCCCGCAGCAAACACAGCCCCAGUUUCAAAUCCAGUCACCGCAGCAGCUGCAAGUCGGGGCCCAAACCCAAGUUCAAGCUCAGCUCCAGGUCCAGUUCCAGCCUCAAACCCAGAAUCAAGUUCAAACGCAGCCCCAACUUCAGGUCCAGUCUCCAAUCAGGCAUCAGCUCAUCACUGUCCCCGGCCUGCAGCAGCCAGUCCAGCUCCUCUCAGCUCUGCCCCCCCAUGUCGCAGCCCAGAUCCAAGCUCAGAUCCAGGCCCAGGCGCAGCAGCAGGGAGGCACGGUUCCACAGCAGAUCAAACUGCAGCUGCCCAUCCAGAUCCAGCAGGCGGGGGGGCAGAUUCAGGCCCACCAGAUCCAGAACAUGGUGACCAUACAGGCACCAGCAAGCGUCCAGGAGCAUCUACAGAGGCUGCAGGUGCAACAGCAGCAGCAGCAGCAACAACAACAACAACAACAACAACAGCAACAGCAGCAGCAACAACAACAGCAGCCACCACCGCCAAAGAAGAAGAAACACCAUGAAGCUAAAAGGGAACAGAAAGAGCAGAGUCUGCAGACCCUGAGCCCCGGAGACGGAAUCCAAAAACAGGUGGUGGUGAAGCAGAAUGCUGCAGCAGAGCAGCUGAAGCAGAGGAAGUCGCUCGCUGCGGCCGAGCGAGAGGAGAACCAGAGGAUGAUCGUGUGCAACCAGGUGAUGAAGUUCAUCCUCGACAAGAUUGAGAAGGACGAGAAGCAGGCAGCUAAGAAGAGGAAGAAGGAGGAGGUGGUGGAGCAGAAGCGCUUCAAGCAGAACGCCUCCAAGCUGACGGCGCUGCUCUACAAGCACAAAGAACAGCUGAAGGCCGAGAUCCUGAAGAAGAGGGCCCUGCUGGACAAGGAGCUGCAGCUGCAAGUACAGGAGGAGCUGAGGCGGGACCUGGCCCGGCUACAGAAGGAGAAGGAGAAAGCCCGAGCGGCCAUCACCCAAGCUGCUGCAGCCACAGUCAAGGCGGCCUCUUCCCACUCCUCCCAUCCUUCCCACUCCACACAUUCCCCUCACAGCAGCCACACUGUGACCUCACCGUCCUCGUCCCAUAAACGCAAGAGGGAAGAGGAGAGGGACAAAGACCGACCCCGAGAAAGGGACAGGCACCACGACAAGGACAAGAAACGGGACAGGGAAAAAGACAAGGACAAGGACAGAGACCGGUGUAAAGACAGAGACAAAGAUAAAGACAAGGACAAGGAAAAAGACAAAGACAAGGACAGAGACCGUGAUCGAGAGAAGGAGAAGGAGAAAAACAGAGAGCGGGACCGGGAGCGAGACAAGGACAGAGAUGGGGACAGAGAAAAUGACCUUCCAGGAGAUCCCAGCUCAUCUAAACACAAGAAGAAGAAGAAGCCCUCCUCUACCUCAAAGGAUCACAAGAAGGACAACAAACUGUACUGUGUCUGCAAGACGGCCUACGACGAGUCAAAGUUCUACAUCGGGUGCGACCUGUGCUCCAACUGGUUUCACGGCGCCUGUGUCGGCAUCACGGAGAAGGAGGCUAAGAAGCUGGAGGACUUUGUGUGUAACGACUGUAAACAAGGUCAGGAGGCAGAAAGCAACGAGGAGCUCUACUGCAUCUGCCGGACGCCAUACGACGAGUCACAGUUUUACAUUGGCUGCGACCGCUGCCAGAACUGGUACCACGGGCGCUGCGUGGGCAUCCUGCAGAGCGAGGCCACGGCCAUCGACGUGUACGUGUGUCCCCAGUGUCAGUCCACGGAAGACGCCAUGACAGUUCUCACGCCUCUCACCGACAAAGACAGCGAGGGGUUGAAAAGAAUAUUACGCUCGUUACAGACUCACAAAAUGGCAUGGCCUUUCCUCGAACCAGUGGAUCCCCACGAUGCACCGGAUUAUUAUCGUGUGAUCAAGGAACCGAUGGACUUUUCCACGAUGGAAACCCGUUUGCAGAGGCGACAUUACCACAAGCUCACCGAGUUCGUGGCCGACGUGACCAAAAUCUUCGACAACUGCCGCUAUUACAAUCCCAACGACACGCCCUUCUUUCAAUGUGCCGAGGUGCUGGAAGCCUUCUUUGUACAGAAGCUUAAAGGAUUCAAAGCGAGCAGAUUGUCAGAUUCUUAAGUGGGCCAGUCUAGCUGGAGUCUGGACUGGAAGCUGGGGUUUCUUGUAAUAAUGACCUGUUUCCAGAAAAUCACAAAACAAAAUCCAUUUCAUAUUGGGGAAAAAAACAAAAUGAACCAUCACAAUAACAACCACACACACUCAAACACCAAAUGUGCUUUCAAUCAAAUGGGACAAUAUCUGGUAAUCAUGACUUACUGGCAGCCAUGUUGACAGUGUUAACCAUGUAAUUGAGGGACAUGCUUUCUUCCAGUCACAGUCACUAGGUUGUUUUCAGUGAGAUUUUAAUGCAUUUUAGUUCUUAACUUUGUAUUUAUUUUCAGUUACUCAUCUAAGUUGAACUGGACAUGUUGAGAAGGAAGAUGUCACCGGAUAUACGAAUAUAACAAAGCUGCAUAUUUUAUUAUAGAGAUAUUUAUAUGAUAUUUUGUAUGUUAGAGUUUGAAGAAGCUGGUUGUCUCGAGUGUACCAACGUUUUAUCAUGUACAAUGGUUGUAAGAUAUCUGACUUUGAAUGUUUUAAAUCAUAUGGAAACUAAACCUUUUAGAAAGUAUUGUUUUAGAAGACCAGAGUUUUGACUUCAUAACAUGACCUCAGUUCUUGUCCGUGAUAAAAAAGCAUUCCCUGUAAAUUACACCAACAUGGCUGCAGGAUCCCCCCCCCACCACCACCCCCGAUCCUUCUACAUUCUCUCCGUGUGUUCUUGAGCUGGCAUGACCAGUUAAAGAAAUAAAAAAUAAAAUGUGAAGGGCUCUCAACUCUCCCCUCUCUCCACAUCCCGUAGGUCUCAUAACAACAAGCUACAGUCGUCUUCGUCAGCCUCUUAGAAAGCGUCGCACAUUUCUCAAAACAAAAUGCACUUACCAAGAAUGUGGCUUUUCUGAACUGUAAGUCUGUGACGGACUCGGCCUCCCCCCCCCCCCCCCCAGCCACCCACCCCCACCCCCCGGUGUUUGGGACGUGCUCCUCUGAGUGUCGGCGCAGCCAGCACUGCUGCUUCCUCACAGAACCGAUCGGGCCGGAGCUGCCGUCGGCCCCAUUUCAGCUCCAAGGGACCUUUUUGUUUGUUUGGACCUUCACCAGUGGGACUGUACUAACGGAGCGUGAGCGACUGAGGCAUUUCAGAAGAAAGUUUACCUCGGAGAAAAGACUCUUAAGGAGCUCUCAUAUUUCCAUGUACUUUAUUUUUUUUGAUCUCAAUCUUUUUAUUUCACUUCUUUUCUUGUUUAAAAAGAAUCUCUCAGGCCAUCCUUGUGGUCAUCAUGUCCACGACGUAGGAAGCUGAGACACUCACUGACCAGCGGCUGAGUUUUUACCGAGCAUCGUGUAUCGAGGGUUUUGUGUCACCGAGGAGGAACUCUCCCAUUUCCACUCGUCGUUUAGUCUGAGGUGGCGUGAGAGACAGUUGUACUAAAUAUCUGGACCUCAGUACUUUGCUUGGUUAAACUCCUAUAACCUCCUGGACGUGUGGUAAUCAGCUGUUGUACAUGACUCUUUCUGCAGUAGUGACGGACCGAUCCACUGAGAAGGAUGAAACCGUGUAUCUGAAGGUUCCUGCCCCGUUUGUAAAAAAUGUCUGAUUUCUUUUUUUUUUUUUUUUUUUGACUUGAUUUCUUUUUUCCUUUUUUUUGUAUCACAGCUGAAGAAAUAUUGAUGUAUAUGGAACUUAAUAAAAAGCUAAAGACUG